GCUGCUCUAAGUCCGGGCCUUGGAGCAGAGGCUCGGCUCGGCCCUGAGAGAGGCGCGGAGCGCGGGGGCCGGGGGCCGGUGUUCCCACCCGGGGACGCUCUUGUGGAGCCGAGCCCGGCAAAUGGGCGCAGGAGGAAGAGAGCAGGGAAAUGGACUGCUAUUUGCGCCGCCUCAAGCAGGAGCUGAUGUCUAUGAAGGAAGUGGGUGAUGGCUUGCAGGAUCAGAUGAACUGCAUGAUGGGUGCGCUGCAAGAACUAAAGCUUCUUCAGGUGCAGGCAGCACUGGAACAGCUGGAGAUCUCUGGAGGGAGUCCUGCCCCAGGCUGCCCUGAAAGCCCCCGGACACAGCCCCAGGCCCCUGCCAGGCCCACGGCCUGCUCCUCCUCCAACCAACCUUUUGGCACGAAGUUUCCGUCCUGUAGGAGUGUCUGUGGGAGGGAUCUGGUCCCCCUGACCAGAGCACAGCUCCCAGAGCACCAAAGCUGUGCCCAGCAGGGGCCAGAGCUGGCGGAACCGGAAGACUGGACCUCCACAUUGAUGUCCCGGGGCCGGAAUCGACAGCCUCUGGUCCUAGGUGACAAUGUUUUUGCGGACCUGGUGGGCAACUGGCUGGAUUUGCCGGAACUGGAGAAGGGUGGGGAGAAGGGGGAGGCAGGGGAGCCCAAGGGGGAGAAGGGCCAGCCCCGGGAGCUGGGCCGCAGGUUUGCCCUCACAGCAAACAUCUUUAGGAAGUUCCUGCGCAGCGUGCGGCCUGACCGAGACAGGCUGCUGAAGGAGAAACCGGGCUGGGUGACACCCACGGCCUCGGAGCCCAGAGCCGCCCGCUCACACAAGGUCAAGAAGCGGAGCCAUUCCAAGGGCUCUGGACACUUCCCCUUCCCGAGCACUGCCGAGCCCAGAAGGGGGGAAAGUCCUUCCACAAGCUGCCCCAAGGCCCUGGAACCCUCACCCUCUGGCUUUGAUAUUAACACAGCUGUUUGGGUCUGAAUCCUAGAGACAGAACGUUGACUGAACCCAAAAGGUCCAGGUCCCCAGUGCUGGGCCCUGGGAAGGAUGGGGAGAGGGGGGCGGGUGCUAUGGCUUUCAAAAGCCUAACUCUGGGUUCCUUUUUCCCAGGAAGGAGGGAAAAGAAGCGAGAGUGUCUGGAGUAGGACUAACAGGCAUGUGGUUGGUAGAGGCUGUGGUGGGGGCUGGCUGGUGGGGAGAUGAGGGUUCCCGGACUGAAAGAGAGAUUGAGAGAGUGGUGCUCACCUUGGGGCUGCAGGUGAUGAGGGGCAUGGGGCAGGAGACCAGGAAAUUCUUACAUUCCUUCACUGCCCCAACUAAACAUUCUGUAUGGAUUAGGGCACUGGGGCCUCAUGUUCCCCUAGAAAGGCCCCCAAUAAAGACCUUGGCUCCUGUGUCCCCAACCUUAUAACCGCUGGCAUCCCUGGCAAAGCACUGCUCCAGGCACAGGCAUGAAACCCCAGCCCUCCUGGGAUAGGGAUCAGCAGAGAGGAAAUUUCCCACUCUCCCCUCUCCCUGUUGGCCUUCAAGAUUUCAGCCCAUACCUGGAUCCUGGGAAAUGGGCCUAAUAAGGAGUGUAUGUGUAAGGAGUACUCGAGGGAGCCCUAUGUCUUUUCAAAAGCACAGGAAAGAUAUCUGUAUAGCACUUUAAAGUUUGAAAGCCUUUUCAUAUCCCAUAUCCGUUAUCUCCUUUUGAGUAAGCAAGUAAGGCAGUUUAGCCCCCUUUUCCCGAUGAGGAAGCAAGCUUAGAUAUGCCACCUGCGGGCAGGUGGCAGAUCAGCGCAGGGCUGACCCAAGGGCUGCAGCAGGGCCCUGGAGGCACAGGAGCUCCUUCCCCAACACCCCGCCUCCAGCACUGAAAGCCCCCCUCACCACCUCCCUCCCCCGCCCAGCUCCGGACGCAGGCACAGGGCGUUCACCAGCGAGGCCAAGGUGGGCCCAUAAGAAAUACGCCCCGGGUUUUAGAUUUCCCAGCUCCACCCCACGAUCGGGCGGCUGGGGGAAGGGCGGCAACUCCGCUCCCUACUCCAGGCGCCUAAAGCUUUCCUGGAGCCGCGCACGUGGCUGUCCGCGCCCCCCCCCCCCCCCCCCCCCCCGGGAGCUGCCGGCCCGCCCACGCCCGCGGGGACCGCCCGCUGCUUGGGAAAAGACAAUGUGGGUCCCUGUUUGGGCCGGCCCGCCCUGGAGGCACUCCCCCUCUCCCCGCCUCGCUCCUCCAGACUGAGCUCCUCUCCGCUUGAUGGAGGGGAGGGGGGGGGGCGGUGACAGCUGCAAUUAGAGGCAAGACGCCUUCCCGCCCUGGGCGCAUUAACAAAUUGGAGAAGAAAAAUAACAAGAAAGGCUCUUCCUGCAUCCUGGACCCCCGGAGACCAAGCUGGAGGAGGAGGCUUAGCGCAGCAGCAGCACAGCGGGAAUUGGGGGGCGGUGGGGAUCGCGCUCAGAUCCCCACGCAAUCAAAUCGUAGAAGUUUUUGUUGGCGGAAGCUACGAGGGGAAGGUGCUAAUUUCAUUCAUUUCCUUGAGCGCUCGCUAUCUGCCAGGCAGUGUGCACAACUUGUCUUUCAGACUUCAGAAUGACCCUAGAAAUGAUUGUCUUCCCAGUAAGUGGGUGGAAGCCCUUGGGGGUCACAUAGGCUGCCCAGAUUAGGCUUCUGGCUCAUGGAAGAAUCAGGAUUGUCUGGCCGCAAAAACGGCCUUUCGUACUCUCCCUGAAGUUUGCCAGUUGAGGCAGCGCUUUCUGGAGGAGCAAGGCCCUACCCAUCCUUUCUGUCUCCCCACAGAACUCUGAUAUUUCAGUCCUGAGGGAAGGCCUGUUGGCUGUGGCUGCCUUGGUGAUGGUGGUGCUGUGUGCAUAUGUUCAGU